AUAGAUAGAGAGAAGGAUAGGUAUAGAGAGUAGAGUAGAGAGUAGGUAGAGACGCAGGCUGGAUCAGCAGUCCGCAGAGGGAGUGCCCUCACCUGGAGAGAUGUACGUGAGUUACCUGCAGCUGGACAAAGACCCGGCCAUGUACCCGGGGGGGCACCAGAGCCCGGCGGUGACCCGCCACCCGGGGCUGAGCCUCAGCCCGCAGAGCUUCCCGGCGCCGCCGCAGUACUCGGACUUCACCGGCUACCACCACGCACACCACGCACACCACGCACACCACCACGGCGGCAUCAACCCGGAGCCGCAGCAGAGCAGCGGGGGGCCUGGAGGUCCCGGAGGAGGCGGCGGGUGGAGCUCAUACCCGCCUCCACCGCGGGAUGAUUGGGCGUCACAUCAUCACUACGCCGCGGCUGCCGCGGCCGCUGCAGCCGGUGUAGGGGCUCCCCCUGGGGCUUCUUCCUCCGGUGUGGUGGGCCCUACUCUCGGGUUCAGCCCACCGGACUUCACCGGGCAGCCGGGCGCGCUGCUGCAGACGUCCCUGAACCCGUCUGCCGGGGCCGGUGCCGGGCAGCUGUCCCCCGGAUCCCCGCAGAGGAGGAACGCGUACGACUGGAUCCGACGCAGCUCUGCACCGUCCCUCAACCCCAACGGAAAGACGCGGACCAAAGACAAGUACCGAGUGGUUUACACCGACCACCAGCGUCUGGAGCUGGAGAAAGAGUUCCACUACAGCAAAUACAUCACCAUCCGGAGGAAGGCGGAGCUCGCCACGACGCUCGGCCUAUCAGAGAGACAGGUGAAGAUCUGGUUCCAGAACCGCCGGGCUAAAGAGCGAAAGAUCAACAAGAAGAAGCUCCAGCAGCCGGCGUCCUCCACGACCACGCCGCCAAUCAGCGGCGGUGGAGGCGGGAACAGCGUUGCCAUGGUGACGAGCAGCAGCGGCAACAACAACAACAACAACAACAACAACAACGGGCUGGUGUCCCCGUCCUCCCUGCCUCUGAACAUCAAAGAGGAAUACUGAGGGACGAAAUAAAAAGAUGUCGGGGAUCUGGACUUAAAAACUCUCCCCGAAGAACUGAAAAACUUUUUACUUUUGCACCACUUGCCUGCCAGCUUUCUGCCUGCCCUCCCGAAAGCCCAAAAGCUCGUCGAAAAAUGUGAGAAAAUGUCGACGGGCGACGGUACUUCUUCUCCUUUCUGACUGUUGUUGCAGAUAAAUUCCUAAUUGUGAUCAGAGGUUUUGCUUUGCUGGGAAGUCUCGGGUGAAAUCAGCCUGCAAAAAGAAAGAACUUCAGCCAUGUUUUGGUUGCACAUUUACAGCUAACGGCAAGACUUUAUAGUGCAACUAUAUAGGGCAACAAGCUUAUAAAACAUGAGCCG